UAUUUCAUGUUUAUUUGUACUUUUGGUUAAAAAAUAUAGCGAAAUAAUACUACUUCCGGUUUUGCCGCGCAAUUUCCGGUUUCGGUGUUCUCAUGGUAAACAAGACGCAUGCUAUGGCUGGCUUGACUGUCAUAUGUCCAAUCUGUCUCCAUCCACCUUGAAGUAUUAACAAGGCAAUGCCUUUUCACCAUCCGAAGAGGGAAAUUAAAGCCUCAAUAACACGUCCCCUGUGGUCCCGGUCCUUCUUUGGUGGUUUAACUCGGUGUCAUAUCGAUGGCGCUAUAGUGAAAAGGCAGCAUUCGAUGCUUCAUCGGGGACAAAAUGGCCGCCAGCAACAAGUCAGAGAAAGCUUCAACUGUCAUCACAUCUUCAUCAGUGAGCAGCGUCGCCCGUGCUCGAGCCAAAGCAGAGGCAGCGAAGGUGAGGGCUUCAUAUGCAAGUAAGGAAGCACAGCUAAAAGUGGAAAAAACGAAAAUUGAUGUAGAGCUUGAAGUGCUAAUGCUACACAGAGAAGCAGACAUUGCAGUAGCUGAAGCAGCAGUGCUAGAAGAAGAGGCAGAGUGUGAGAGCAGAAAAUCAGUAUCAGACGGAGUAAAAAGAGAAAGAACGCAGGAAUAUGUGCGGUCUCAGAUUAAGCAUUCUGAACCUCAAGGCCCCCCACCGGUUCCCCCCGCUAAUGACAACAAUGGUCACUCAGGUGAAACAUUAGUGACAUGGGAUGGAUCACAAGGUUCAGAUCCAAAGCCACAGCCCAAAAGCAGUAAGCCAAAGCCUGAUGACAAUCACGCACCUUUGCUCACUCAAAGAGCAUCUGAGACUCCAAAAGUUGAACAAACAAACAAAGUUCUCAGUCCAUUCUCCAACCCAUUCACGCCUCACUACAAUACACCGGCAAGCAUGUUACAUUCAGCUGAGCCAUUUGCACAAUACAUGGCACGCCGAGACCUCAUCACUUCGGGUCUCUACCAGUAUGAUGACAGGCCAGAGAAUUUCAGGGCAUGGUUCUCUUCACUCAAUGGUGCAACAGCAGAGGUCGCUCUCACACCAACUCAAGAACUCGACCUCAUGACAAAAUGGCUGGGAAAAGAGUCAAGCAAUCAGGUGAAACGCAUUCGCUCUGUACAUAUCAACAACCCCAAAACUGCUCUGAAGAAAGCAUGGGAGAGACUUUGGGAGUGUUAUGCAGCCCCUGAAAUAAUCGAAAAAUCACUCUUUCAGAGACUAGACAGUUUUCCCAGACUAACAACAAAGGACAAUGUAAAGCUACAGGAACUAGGGGAUCUGCUGCAAGAGAUCCACGGUGCAAAGGAGGACGGGUAUCUCCCCGGCCUGCUUUAUCUAGACACUUCACGUGGAAUCGGACCAAUUGUGGACAAACUUCCAUACGGGCUCCAGGAGAAAUGGAUGUCUCAUGGCUCACAAUACAAAGAGGAAAAUGAUGGUUGUUUUCCUCCUUUCAGCUACUUCUGCAAAUUCAUAUGUAAAGAGGCCAAGAAACGUAAUGAUCCAAGUUUCAACCAGUACAACAGUCAAACGCACUUAAAACUUGAAAGGCCCUACCAAAAGAACUUUCACUCAGCUAAACCAAUCGUAGUGCACAAGACUAACAUUACGCCCCCCAACAAAGACUUUAACAAGAACUGCCCGCUGCACAACAAACCCCACCCACUAAAGAAAUGCAGGACAUUCAGGAACAAGCUACUGGACGAAAGAAAGGCUUUUCUCAAGGAGAAAGGAAUAUGUUUCAAGUGCUGUUCAUCAGACACUCAUCUCGCUAAGGACUGUAAAUCUACAGUAAAGUGCUCUGAAUGCGGCAGUACAUACCACGACACAGUCAUGCAUCCUGGUCCUCCACCACAAACAGACAGGGCUCCUUCUCCUGCUAAAGAGGAUGGCGGGGAGGGAGAAAAUCCAGACAACGCAGCAGUAACUACAACUUGCACAACAGUGUGCGGUCCAGGUCAGUGGGGUCGUUCAUGUUCUAAAAUAUGUCUCACACAGGUGUAUCCUAAAGGUGACAAAAACAGUGCAGUAAAAGCUUACGUUAUUCUUGACGACCAGAGCAAUCGUUCCUUAGCUAGGCCGGAGUUCUUCGAACUUUUUAACAUUAAAACCGAACCUGUCUCUUACCACCUGAGAACUUGCUCUGGGCUAGUUGAAACAUGGGGCAAAACGGCUGAAGGCUUUCAGAUAGAGUCUUUAGAUGGGUCAGUAGUAAUCCCACUGCCACCUCUCAUUGAAUGUCAGGACAUUCCUAAUAACAGAAGUGAAAUCCAACUCCAAACGCUGCACUGCACCAGCCACAUCUCAAGUCCAUUGCAAAGUACAUUCCAGAGUUGGACCCUAAAGCAGAGAUACUCCUGCUGCUAG